AUGGCGACUUGCCCCAGCAUCUUCGACGCCCUGGUCAUUGGAGCCGGUCCCGCUGGCCUGUCUGCGGCAUUGGCGCUGGGACGGGUGAUGCGAACGGCAGCCAUCUUCGACACUGGUGUCUUUCGAAAUGCACCUGCAAAUCACAUGCAUACAGUGCCCACGUGGGAUCACCAGAGCCCCGUUGCCUACCGGCAGCAGUGCAUCACCGAGUUGCGCCAGCGUUACAAUGGCACCAUCCAUUUCGCCAAUACUGGAGUCGCCUCGGUCAAGGCUGGCAAAGACAGCGACUACGUCGUCACCGAUGAGGCAGGCAAGACGUGGAUGGGCCGAAAAGUCAUCUUGGCCACGGGUGUCAAGGACGUGAUGCCAGAUGUCAAAGGCUAUGCCCAAGCAUGGGGCCGGUACAUCUUCCACUGCCUCUUCUGCCAUGGUUUCGAACAGCGCGGGUCAGAGUCGGCCGGAUUGCUGGUCCUGGACAAGACGAUUCUGUCGACGGAGAUUGAAAUCGCCGUCCACUUUGGCCACCUCGCCCUGCAAUUUGCCAAGAAGAUUACCGUUUUCCUAGACGGCCAUGUUGAAUUCCUAGAAGAUCCCCGUAUCAAGGGUCUGGAGGCCCAAGGUUUCCUCAUCAACCCCAAGCCCAUUUCCAAAAUCACCUAUGCUGCAGAUCCAGAGCCAGGCUUCGCUACCGUCCACCUGGAAGACGGAAGCGAAGAAAACAUGUCCUUUUUGGUUCAUCGUCCAAGGACACUACUUGCCGGAGACUUUGCCAACCAGCUGGGAUUGGAAUUAACUGAAGCCGGUGACGUCAAGACCACUCCUCCCUUCUACGAGACGAGCGUCAAGGGCGUCUUUGCAGCCGGUGACUGUGCUGUGCCAUUGAAGCAGGUCGUCUGGGCGGUGUCGACAGGCGUCAGUGCUGGCUCUGGCGUAAACUUCCAGUGCUUGGGGGCCGACAUGGCGGCACGGUCGAAGCUCUCAUGA